CGGGGCGGGCGCCGCGGCUAGCGGCUGAGAGAGGCCGGUGGCAGCAGUGGCCGGCAGUAUCUGUGGCGGACAGCUAUGGCGGAGGCCGGCGGCGACGACGCCCGCUGCGUGCGGCUGAACGCCGAGCGGGCCCAAGCACUGCUGGCCGACGUGGACACGCUGCUGUUUGACUGUGACGGCGUGCUGUGGCGCGGGGAAACAGCGGUGCCCGGCGCGCCUGAGGCUGUGAGGGCAUUGCGGGCCCGCGGAAAGCGCCUGGGCUUCAUCACCAACAACAGCAGCAAGACGCGUGCCGCCUACGCCGAGAAGCUUCGGCGGCUGGGUUUCGGCGGCCCCACGGGGCCGGGGGCCGGCCCGGAGGUGUUCGGCACGGCCUACUGCGCCGCACUCUACCUGCGCGAACGCCUGGCGGGCGCGUCGGCCCCCAAGGCCUAUGUGCUGGGCAGCCCGGCCUUGGCCACAGAGCUGCAGGCCGUGGGCGUCGCCAGCGUGGGCGUGGGGCCUGAGCCGCUGCGGGGCGACGGCGCCGCUGACUGGCUAGCCUUGCCGCUCGACCCCGAGGUGCGUGCGGUGGUGGUGGGCUUCGACCCGCAUUUCAGCUACAUGAAGCUCACCCAGGCCGUGCGCUAUCUACAGCAGCCCGGCUGCCUGCUCGUGGGCACCAACAUGGAUAAUCGGCUACCGCUGGAGAACGGCCGCUUCCUCGCGGGUACCGGCUGUUUGGUGCGCGCGGUGGAGAUGGCCGCCCAGCGCCAAGCCGACAUCAUCGGGAAGCCCAGCCGCUUCAUCUUCGAUUGCGUGUCCCAGGAAUAUGGCAUCAACCCGGAGCGCACUGUCAUGGUCGGGGACCGCCUGGACACCGACAUCCUCCUUGGCGUCACCUGCGGCCUGAAGACCAUCCUGACCCUCACGGGAGUCUCCACGUUGGGGGACGUGAAGAGUAAUCAGGAAAGUGACUGCAUGUCUAAGAAGAAAAUGGUUCCUGACUUUUAUGUUGACAGCAUAGCCGAUCUCUUACCCGCCCUUCAAGGUUAAAGAUUUAGUGUCUUUAAUCUCCAGAAUAAAAAGUAAUUGAAAAUGUUAGCCAAAUUAAUAGGUGGGGCUUAGGCAUUGGCUCAGCGAUAUAGCCCAAGAGUGUAAUUGGAGUUAAACAGAGGCAGUAGUUGUUAGCCUUGUAAGUGAACGUUUCCGGGGACAAUGUUGUUUACAGAUACUUAUAUUUUAAUUUAAGAUGCACUUUUUAAGCUUGGAGGGCAUUGUAGGAUUGGGUCCUGGCUUUGGAUGUGUUGGUUAGGGCAGGCUUGGCACCUGUCCAAGAUUCAGGUAACCUCAGACCUUGCAGGUCUAGAGGUGUGUCACGUAUUUAAAAGUUUUGUUCAGGGAUCAAGCCCUUUUGGAGGGCAGAGAAAAGAAGAACCUGAUUAUUGUGACUGUUGUGAGACACUUGUGCAGACAGAAGGAAGUCCUCUGCCUCCUCCCCACUGUAUGUGGUAAUGCAGUACAGCUGACUGCUGCUGCUAUGCCCCAGCUCCUUAUCUGUGUGGAGUAAGGAGGCCACUCCUAAUGUUGUCACCCUGUCCUUCAGUGUGGGGGUGCUGCCCUUGUCACCCCUCCUGUUCCCUUUGAAAACCACUUUGAUGUCACAAUUGUCUGUUCCCUUUCAGAUCCCAGGGCUGCAGCUUCUCAUAUACAGCUGCCCCGUUCUGUAAACAGCCCAGACCCCAGCUAAACUUCGGCUGUCUCAAGUAUGCAUUUAAAUGCAGGUGACUCAGGCGGGUGUGGACACCUUCACUGAACUCUGGGCUGCUGUGCAGGGAGCUUGGAGCAGUGUUGGUACCAAAAAAAAUUUUUUUUAACUUGUGGACAACCUUGUCAAGUGGUGGAGUUGAAUCUUAAGUAUGUGGAUUAAUAGCUGUGCUCUGUCUCAUAGGAGAAAUCACACUGAAGAAGUCUCCAUGUCCCAUAGCCAGCAACAUGGCUAAAGGCAUGUGUUGGCCAAGGAUUGCCUGUCACCUUGGGUGCCCUCUGGGUGGGGGAGGAAAGAGGUUUCCCAGGUAACAGGAAGUUUACAAAGUAUUCGGUCUCUCCUUGCUUGCCUGUACCCUGGAUCAGGGUUAGACUUACAUGUCAAUAAGGGUUAGGUGUGAGACCACCUAUCUGGUCUUAUAUUCCCUUGAUGAUAGUCAGUAGGAGGACUGGCAGGGUCCACCAGCCAACCUGGGGUUUUCUGCAGGGGCUCUGGCCUUUUCUGCCUGUUCCCUAAGGCUGUUGAACUUUAGCAGUUUGCUGAGUAGGCUUGGCAGCACAUGCAGGGCAGAUCCUGGGAGGCUGUUCCUUUUGGCUGACUCCUUCCCAGUGCCUCACCCUGUAUCCAGUGGCUUCUCUCAGCCCUGUGAUCAGUGCUCCAUCACCUGUUCAGAGUUCUCAGAGCAAUAAAGGGUAUCAGCCAGGGUGGCUGGGAUUGAGAUGGUGCCACAUGGCAGCAGGAGGGCAGCCAUGCCUGUGAGGUUGGUGGUGCUGACGUUGGCUCUGCGAGGUCGGCUCAAGGUGGGUCUUGAUAUUGAGCAGGCCUGUCAGGGCGUUGUCACCCACACCAGGAGCACACAGCAGGUGCAGCAGCCAGCAAUGCUUCCCUCUUCAGCCAGCUUGGGAGCCUGUGUGAACCCCAUCUCUGACCCCUUGCGCUGUGUGACCUUACAUGCACAUUAAACUCUCAAACCUGCA